UGUUAUUUAAUAUUACUUUUUUGUGUCUAAUGUGUUCUUUCUCCUAGCAUCAUAGGUUACAAAUAAGUUCCAAGUCUUGUCAUCGAUUUGAAAAGAUCCAGCAAAAAGAGAUGCUACUGAGGCUGAUAACAGAAGGUCACAAAUCAUCUCAGCUACCGGCAAUAGCCAAAACUCUGCUUCGUCCAUUUUCUACAACACCUACUGCUAUUUCUGCACAAAGCUCAGAUAAAUUUUAUCUUCGGCAUCAGUUGGAAUCCAAACAUGUUUCCAGUUCAAAAUGGAAGAUGUAUCGAAUUGCAUCAGUUGGAUUGCUUGGAGGAUUGACAACAUGUUUUCUUUGUCCUGGAAACCCUAUGGUAGACUUCGCAACAGUAACACUUUUGGUUCAUCACAAUUACGCAGGCCUGAACUCUGUGUUUGCUGAUUAUCUUCCACUUUUGAUCAGAGAUAGCUGGGUGAAAUUGGUCAUGGUAUCGUGGCUUCUUAUGAGUAUCUUCACACUUGCUCUUUUAUACAGUUUCAACUACAACAAUGUUGGAUUUUCCAAAGUUUUAGUUUCGAUUUUCAAGUUAUAAUACGUUUACGUCGCCUUUAUUAUAUUUAUUGUAACAGUGAGUUAAAAAUUGAUCAAAAAACAUUUUG